CCGAAAGUAUACGCCAAUCACAGGCAAUUCGUUAUCUGAUGUUGCGCUAUAGUCGCUGGUCAUGUUUUUGACAAAAGAAAAGCCGACGAGCACGAAACCACGAGGAUAUGCGAGAUUAUGGGAGUCGAUCGCAAGGUGUAUGUGUAUGUAGGUGAAGUAGGGAACGUAAGUUAUAUUAUCAAGCAAGCAGUCAAGUCACUCUACUGACUACGUGCAAUAUAAAACUAGUAGAGUCAUCGUACAUUCGAAAAGACGAAGCUCAGAAAAGAUGCCUGAAAUAAAUCCAGAAGUACUCAAAGUAUUUGGCUUUUGGGGUAGCAUAUUGGUUCUGAAACUGCUGGCGAUGGUACCGUUAACUGCAAGACAGCGAAUAAGAAAAAAUGCAUUCGCAAAUCAAGAGGAUGUUAUGCACUCAGGUAAAGGCAAGGUGGUUCAUGAUGAUCCAGACGUGGAGCGUGUACGCAGAGCACACUUAAAUGAUUUGGAGAAUAUUCUCCCAUGGUUCAUUGUCACGUAUCUCUGGCUAGGAACAGGACCUUCGCCAUGGUUGGCCAAAAUUCUUAUUCGAACCUUUGUACUUGCUCGCGUAGCUCACACUGCAUCAUACGUAUUUUUGCAACAACAACCUACGAGAGCGAUAGCUUUCUUCGUGGCAUUUGGAAUUACGGGCUAUGAAGCAGUUAAGACAUUAAUGUACUAUUCCUAAGUUUUAUAUAAAUCUUUGAAGCAAUCGAAUCUAAAUAUACAUGAGAUAAAUGGAAUAAUUAUA